CAGAUGCAACAUGAACCGUGACUGGCAGAGUGGAGUCUACUGGUGUGAGUCUGAAACAGGACAGUUCAGCAAUGCAGUCAACAUCACUAUACAGUACGGUAAUAUUAUCCUGGUGAGCCCUGUCCAUCCUGUUACUGAGGGAGAUUCUGUCACUCUUGGCUGCAAAUUGAGGACAGAAAAAGUUCCCUAUAAUGUGGAUUUCUAUAAAAAUGACAAACUCAUCCAAAAUGUUACUGGAGGGGAGCUGACUAUCUCUGCAGUGUCAAAGUCAGAUGAAGGCUUUUAUAAAUGUACAGGAAAAAAAUCACAGGGUUGGCAGAGUUUGACGUCACCAGAGAGUUGGAUGUCAGUAAAAUCAGCGUCCAGGUCUGAACAAAGCUCUCCAUUUCCUGUGCUGUUGAUUGUUGGGCUGGUUGGUGGAGUUUCACUGAUUCUUCUCCUGCUGCUGUUUGUGUGUGGCUACACAAAGUCAAAAGAUUCAUGCUUUAUGAGGUCUCAGAGCACCAAUCAGAGUCCUGCUCCAGACCACAUGAUCAACCAGGCUGAAACUCAGUGCAGAGACUAUGCUUCUCUUCUCCACGGUGACGUCUGUCUCUAUGAAACAAUCAGAGGCUCUGAAGAACCUGAACACGGGAGGAAUAAUGAGCCAGAGGAGAACGAAUACUCAAAUGUGACGACAGGAUCAGCUGCAGAUCAAUAAAGAGAUCUGCAUCAACAAAACCCACAGAAUGGAUGACAUGAUAAACUAAACCUCUGUUUAAACAGUAUUU